AUGUUCGCGACCCGCCAACUCCCCGGCAACAAGAUCAAUCUUGCCAAGGAGAUCAAGGGCAAGGCCGUCAUCGUCGGCACCCCGGCCGCCUUCAGCCCCGCCUGCUCGAGCACCCACGUCCCGGGAUAUAUCAACCACCCGAAGCUCAAGGAGGCCGGCCAGGUCUUUGUCGUCUCCGUCAAUGAUCCCUUCGUGACCCAGGCUUGGGGCAUUUCUCUGGACCCCCAGGGCAAGAGCGGCGUCCGCUUUCUGGGCGAUCCCACCGGCAAGUUUACCGAGGCUCUCGAUCUGAGCUUCGACAGCACCGCCAUCUUUGGCAACCAGCGCAGCAAGCGCUAUGCCCUGCUGGUGGAGGACGGCAAGGUCAAGGAGGCCUUUGUUGAGCCCGACAACACCGGUGUCAACGUCUCGACUGCCGAGAAGGUCCUUGGGUAA